AUGAAGAGACUUGUCACGUCAACAUCACGUGAUAUCGAGGAUACGGCCGUGACGUGGCAACGAGACGUCGCCUGGAUCCAGAAGAUGCGUCAGAAGAUGACGGCGCCAGUCGACACGAUGGGAUGCCACAAACUGGCGGAUCCGUUGGCCGCCCCAGAAGUAGGAGUAAUUCCACUUCACACAAAAUCAUAAUACUCGAAUGUUUCAGGUGCACCGCUUCCAAGUGCUCGUUGCCCUCAUGCUUUCCAGUCAGACCAGAGACGAAGUGAAUGCGGCCGCGAUGAAAGUUUGUAAAAAAAGUAAUGAACAUAAAGGGAUUAGAACAGACUUCAGAGACUAAAAGAUCACGGAUUAUCAAUCGACAAGAUUCUCGAGUUCAAUGUGCCAGACCUGGAGCAGAUUCUGUGUCCGGUUGGCUUUUACAAAAGAAAGACGAUUUAUCUUCAAAAAACCGCCAAGAUUCUGAAAGAUGACUAUUCCGGGGACAUUCCCGACUCCCUGGAAGGUCUCUGUUCGCUCCCGGGGGUCGGCCCCAAAAUGGCGAAUCUCGUCAUGCAGAUUGCGUGGGAAAAGUGCGAAGGAAUCGCCGUCGACACUCACGUGCACAGAAUCUCCAAUCGACUUGGUCAGAAUUGAGACAACGGACUUUGAAAUAUGGGAAAAAAUUGUAGGUUGGGUCAAGACGAACACUCCAGAAAAGACUCGGAUGGCUCUGGAAGCGCUCCUUCCUCGCUCCGAAUGGCAGCCCAUCAACCAUUUGCUCGUUGGAUUCGGACAGAUGCUCUGCCAGCCAGUUAAGCCGAAAUGCUCAGAAUGUCUCUGCCGAUUCACGUGUCCUAGUUCCACUGAUAAGAAACCGAAGAAAGAAGAAUUGGAAGAAGGAGAGGAAGGCGUAAAGCAGAAGAAGUCGAAGAUAAAAAUGGAAGUGAAGGAGGAAAUGAAAGAAGAAGACGUGGAUAAAGAGGAGGAUGCAGCGGAGCAAAUGAAGACGUCGGCUGCUUUUGUGAAGAAAAAGAAGAAGAAAUAACUGUUUUACUGAAUGAAAAUUGCAUAAAAAGAUGAUCGACGAGCAAACAAUCAAAUUUAAAAUGGAAUAAACAGAAAUAUCAAAUUACAGAUUUGUUUAGAAACACUUUCCCAUUCAUAAAUUCCAGCUCGUUCCCAAUCAUGCUCUUCUUUUUCAUUCUCGCCUUUUUCACUCUUUCUCCUCCAGUUUCCUUCCUGAAAUCCUACAAAAUCUCCCAUUAUUCCUGGAAAACCUUCCAAGUGUUCGAUGGAUUCGGAGCAGUUUCUGGCGGGGGAGUUCGUUCCGAAACGGCAGAAUCGGGAAAUGUUUGUUGAGUUUUAGGCCACUUCGAAGCUCCUGUUCACCUAUUUCCCAACGGAAACGGAUCGAAAACGGAUUAUGGAGAUUAUGUUCAAUGUAAGGAAAUCGCCAAAAAUUGAGAAGAUCAGAUGGCAGAUGAUGUUGCAGAAAGAGAACGGACUGCAAAUGUUGAAAGUGGAAAUGGGCGGCGACGAUCAGAGCACAGAGGGCUCCGAGUCCUCGCACAUGUCCAAAAGGGGACGGAUCUCGCGGACGAACUACGAGUUCGAACUGAUCAAAGAGGCCCUUCAGGUGAAUCCGUCGCUUCCGAUCUGCGUUCUCCCGUGGGCGUUCCCCGGAUGGCUCGGCGCCAAUCCGUACGAGAACGAAACGGAGACUGCCACUUAUGUGGUCGAGUGGCUGAAGAUCGGAAGGGACGUCUGGGAGUUCGACACGUACUGCGUGGGCGUCUGGAACGAACGCAACUUUUCAGAGACGUAUAUAAAGGUAAUGAUUUGAACAGAAUCUAGAUUGAUAAAUUGGAGAAAUUUUAGGAACUGCGACGUAUUCUGGAUAAGAAUGGAUUCAAAAAGACACUGAUCGUAGCCGGAGAAGGAUUCCGAAUGGACGACAGUUACCCGAGACUGCUGGAUAAAAACUUCAUUGAUCAUUUCGAUAUUAUCGGGUAAGACUUUGCCGAUGCCCCGAAUCGAAGCAUUUUCCGUUUAGAGUGCACUAUCCAGGUGGUCAAAUUCCGGUAAACGUUAAGAAAAGCGGGAAGAAGAUCUGGGCGAGUGAAGACUUCAGUACGGACAAUCGGGGAACCGGAAUGGGGUGUAUGGCACGGACGAUGAACUGGAACUAUGUGCACGGGAACAUAACCGGCAUGCUCACGUGGCAUCUCAUGUCCGCUUUUUAUCCGCAACUUCCUUGGUGGAGAUGCGGGCUUGCCAGUCUUCAGAAAGACAGAUUCCAGACCGAAAAUGCAUUCCAUGUCCUCAGUGAGACUUUUGGACGUUCUAGGAGAAAUGAUGACAUUCAGAGUAUGUGACCGGGCAUGUUAAGAGAGGAUGGAGGGUUGUGCCACGUGGGAAAGGAAGCGGAAUGUUCGAAGGAGGAGGGACUUAUGUAACGUACACGGAUGGGCACGAUUUGAGCAUAAUAGUCGAGAGCAUGGUGGGUGGAAAUAGAAGAAAUCACUGAUCGGAAGUUCAGAGUUAUGAGAAGUCUCUCUGCGAAUACUCCUCUCCCGCUCCUUUUAAAGUCAAGUCGGAACAGCUGACCCGCUUCGAACUUCCGUCGGGAUUCCGUGGUUUGAACGUGUCCCUCAACUUCGAGCCCGCCCGUUUUCUGCCCGUUCUCGCCGGGAACUUCAUCGAACUCCGACUAUCCGUCGACUCGUUCGGUGUUCUCUCCACCCUCCCUCUUUCUGUUCCCUCCGAGAUCACAGUGUUCCCUCCGCCCCUUCCCAAAAAGUAUUUCGACGACUUUUCCGAUUACAAAUACGGAGAAGAGCCGAGGUUCUGGACUCCUCAGAAAGGUUCUUGGGAGGUGAGAAACGGAAAAGCCGUGCAGAAAGUGACGAGACCGCCCAUCAGCUGGUGCACUUCUCAUACGAACACUCCGUAUUCAGUGAUGGCGUAAGUGCAAAUAUCAUUUGGGCAAGGAAAGGGUAUCUAUCCGAGAUGGGUUCAGAUACCCAGAGAAGACAGACCUGCUCAGUUCCGAUGUGAAUAUCCCUCCGAAGUCGAACGCGUCUUCUGUGAUUCAAGGCAUUCGCAGUAAUUGCAGUGGUUCGAGCUGACAUUAAUUCGGAUCUGUGCAAUAUUUCGUUCAGGAUGUGACAUAGAAGUGACCAAUUGCAGAGGAAUCUUUGCGGAAAUCGAGUAUUCUUCUGGAAAAGUGACCGUCUUUUCUGAUUUCGGUGAGCCAACUUCUUUCCUUUUCUUCUCUAACUUCAGCACUCUUAAGUUCAUCGCUUCAUAAUUGCGGAGCUGAAAAUGGAGAGAAACGUGGAGUACGGAAAGUUCUACACCUUCACAAUUCACCUCAUCGACUCGCAUCUCUUCGUCAAAUUCGGCUACAACCUGAUAAUGACAACUGUGGACAUUCCAGAAGACGUCCUUCAAAAGGUGGUCCAGGGUGUUCUUCUUCUUCUUCUUCGUUUAAACACAGUUUGUUACAGACAAAGGAAGACACCCUGUUUGUGAUUGCCACUGGAAACUUUGGAAUCUCCGAAUGGGAUAAUAUUUCCACUGAUUUUGUAUUGUGA